AUGGCAAAGACAUAUUCCGAGGUCUGUCCAGACUCCAGCAUGCUCAUCAUAGACUCCGCCAAAUCCAUCGGCGGAACAUGGGCCAAAGAACGUUUGUACCCUGGCCUCAAGACAAAUAAUAUAAUCGGCUCCUACGAAUUUGGCGACUUCCCAAUGACACCCGAGAAGUUUGGUGUUAAGCCAGGACAACAUAUCCCUGGUGCCGUCGUGCAUGAAUACCUGUGUCAAUUUGCGGAGAAAUUCGGCCUAGUGUCGCGGAUGAGGCUUCAGACGAAAGUUGACACUGCAGAACUCCUGGAAACUGGCGAAUGGCUGCUCCAGGUGCGUGGAGAAGACACUGAAAAUGAUGGACCAUCGUCCAUGAGGGCUAUGCGGCUUGUUGUGGCUACUGGGUUGACGUCCGAGCCAUACGUGCCCGACUAUGCUGGCAGGGAAAAGUUCACAGGGAACUUCUUCCAUUCACGCCAGCUAAGAGAUCGUGCACAAGAUAUCCGGACAUCAGAAGAGGUCGUGGUAGUCGGAGCUAACAAGUCGGCAUGGGAUGUCUGUUAUUCCGUGGCAACCUCGGGAGCGCACGUCAGUAUGGUCAUCAGACCAGAAGGCGGCGGUCCAAGCUGGGUUUGGCCUGUCAUAUUCUCUCCUUUCAAGCUAUCCAUUCAAAGAAUGGCGACCACCAGAUUCUUCACCCUCUUUGAGCCCUGUAUCUGGGCCGAGGGCAGCGGCUUCAACUGGGCUCGGAGAUUGUUGCACUGUACGUGGCUUGGUCGACAACUGGUAAGGCUGUUCUGGAAGAUACUUUCAAAUCCUGUGCUCUCGGCGAAUGGGUACCACACACACCCGGAGCUGGGAAAACUAAAGCCUUGGGCAUCGAUGUUCUGGAUGGGCAAUUCCUUAGGCGUCCACAAUUAUGAAAGGAACUGGUUCGAAUUCGUGAAGCAGGGAAGGAUAACUGUCCACGUCGCCGACAUAACGUCUCUAGCCGGUAACAAGGUACAACUCUCAAACGGCGAAGUUCUCCUUGCUGACACUUUCGUCUGUUGUACCGGCUGGAGAGUGGUUCCGCCGAUCAAGUUCAUGCCACCAAAUACGGCGGCGCAAUUGGGGCUCCCGGGCCAAGACACGGCCGGGAUCAAGUAUCUUGUCAAAAAAGCAGAUGAGGAAAUUUAUAGAACCGUCCCGGAACUUCGAUCAGGGCCCCUGAGGGUUCUGCCAGAGGCAUCAGCCCCCGUCAGUGUUUCCGGCAAGACUUUGGCCCACAGACCGUACCGGCUGUACCGUUUCAUGGUACCACCAGCAAAGGCAUUUCUCGACCAACGUAACAUAGCCUUCAUCGGCGCUCAUCUUGCUCUCAACGCCAUCACGGUGGCACAAGCUCAGGCAUUGUGGAUAACAGCAUUCUUCCAGCACGAGAUCCCGAAGCUGAAACCUUCAUCAAUCCCGUAUCAAGAUAUUGAGUAUCAAACGAUCCUGCAAAGCGAGUACUGUCGACUGAGACAUCCUCCUGCUGGCGGAGGCGCAGGAGAAAGAUGUCCGGAUCUUGUCUUCGACGGGCUACUGUACACUGACUUGCUGCUGCAAGAUAUCGAGAUAGAGAACUUUCGGAAGCGUGGUGUUUGGCAGGAGUUUUUUGAUCGGUAUUUGCCUAAAGAUUAUGCUGGAAUGACAAGGUUGUUGAUUGAUCGGAUGACGCAUAACCAGCGAUACACCGUACCUAAGUCAAGAUGA